AGUUUAAAACAACCUUCCUUAUAUUCCUUUCCUCUUUGGUCUCUUUCAAAACGUCAAACCAUCAUGGGUGUUUUCACUUACGACGAUGAGGUCACCUCCACCAUCGCUCCCGCUAGGUUGUUCAAGGCCUUCGUCCUUGAUGCCGACAACCUUAUCCCAAAAAUUGCUCCUGAAGCUGCUAAAAAUACUGAGACCGUCGAAGGAAAUGGAGGGCCUGGAACCAUCAGGAAGAUCACCUUUCCCGAUGGCAAGUAUGUGAAGCAGAGGCUUGAUUCAAUUGACCACGACAACUUUAGCUACAGCCACAGCUUGAUCGGAGGAUAUGUUUUGUCCCCAGAAGUUGAGAAAAUUUCUCAUGAGACCAAGUUUGUGGCAUCCCCAAGUGGAGGAAGCAUCGUUAAGACGACUACCAAGUUCUACGCCGUCGGAGAUUUCCAGGUCGAUGAAGCGAAGGCUAAGGAAGGAAAAGAAAAGGCCACCGGUCUGUUCAAGCUUGUUGAGGGCUUCCUCCAUGCUAACCCUGACGCUUACAACUGAAAUUGUAAAACUACAUAAUUUUCAAAUUACUUGUUCCCCCCUAAGAGAUAGGGUAUGGCUUUCAUGUUGUUCUUUGUGUCCUAUACUUACUAGGCUUCUGAAUAAGAGUGCAGAGUUGUGAUAUUUCCUUUGUAUUGAGAUGUUUCAGAAAGCAGUUUUCCUUAUUAUAAAUAAUAGUAUAAUGAAAUAACAUCUUGUUCUAGC